AUGUGUGAAGAAGAAGACGUGCUAUUCAAGAGCUGUUUCGCGAGAUCACUCGCCGUGAAUUCGCAAUAUAAACAACAGACCACGAAAUCCUCAGCCGCGGAUAAUCAGCAGGUGCAGAAUCAGGGACAACCGAAAAUUAGUGAUCAUUUAGGGACUUCCGUGAAAUCGUCCUGUGCUAUGAACGGGCAACAUCCUUGCAUCCCCGAGAUGAGUACAUCAGAAUCCCAGCAAGUUAUGUUGAGAAAGGUCAGUUAA